CACACCCCUCGGCGUUAUCACGUAUCAUCCCCGAAAACGGACCUUUCCGCCCGCGGAAUAUCCACGCAGUGACCGUGGAGAGCAAUGCCGCGGCCGCCGCUCGCCCCUCGCUCGCAGAAACGUCGCGGAGAUGUGCGGGGCCGGGAUGUGAUCGCGCCGUGAGGACCCGUGCGCGGUCGUUUUGCGAAGGAGAGACGCGGAGAUGCGAGCCGGGCGGAGCAGCUAGAUGAGCGGCCGAAUCUGGAAGGAGGCUUAUUAUUGACGCGACGCACGUGUCCCAUUGAAAAUUAUGAGACUGGCCUCGGAGCGUCGGCGGUUUCUCCCGAACGAGACAACAGCCGGGCCAGGCUACGCCGAGUAUCAACAUCCCCACCCUGUGCGAGAGCGGAGAGCUGCAUCACGUCUCGCGGACGCCGUUCCGUGAAAUCGCAUCCCUCCGUACGCGCGUUUCGACGGUGCCCUCCUGCCUUGCGGGGCCAAGAACGGGGAUGCGGAAGUCCCUCGGGCUGUAUUAUGAUUUGUAAAUGCGCUCGGAGCAUCGGUACGCGCCGCGCUAUCGCAACAUAUCAUGGAGACAGUACGCCUUUUGAUAAAAGUCCUAAUACUGUUCAGCUGGUGCGCGAGGGGAUCCGUCGGGGACGCUCUCGAAAAAUGCAUUCUUCCACUCGGCAUGGAAGAAGGAAAAAUCCCGGAUGAGGCGAUCACCGCGUCAUCCAGUUAUGAGAUGAAAUCCGUCGGUCCCCAAAAUGCGAGAAUACGGCAGGAAAAGAACGGCGGUGCUUGGUGCCCGAAAGCGCAAAUCAGUAGCGCCAUACGCGAGUACUUGGAGAUCGAUCUGAUGAGAGACCAUCUUAUUACGUGGACCGAGACCCAGGGGAGAUUCGGUAACGGUCAAGGCCAAGAAUAUGCCGAGGCAUUUUUUCUCGAAUAUUGGCGGCACGAAAAAUGGCAUCAGUACAAAGAUUUAAGAGGGAACAAGGUCCUGCGUGGCAACAGCAAUACAUAUCUAGUCGAGAAACAGAAGUUAGAUCUACCAUUCAUCGCGAGUCGAGUGAGAUUCGUUCCUUACAGUCAGCAUCCUCGCACUGUAUGCAUGCGCGUCGAGAUUUACGGCUGCGUCUGGAAUCGCAUCGCUAGUUACACCGCGCCCAAAGCCGACGCAGACGGGCCUAACGGGUGUAACGUCGAGGACACGUCGUACGACGGCACGGAGAUCGAGAAUUUAAUGUUGAACGGACUGGGACAAUUAACCGACGGCAUAAUCGGCAGCGAGAUGGAGAUUCUGGAGUCCGACAGAGUAACCAACUGGGUCGGAUGGCACGAUCGGGAUAAUGUAGAAUUGUUGUUUGAGUUCGAACUCUCGCGGAAAUUUAGGAAUUGUACGAUUCACGUGGCAAAUCUGCCCGAUUUGAGUGUCGAGACGUUCUCGACGGUGAGCUUUUGGUUUUCCUCGGAUGGCAAGGAGUAUCACGAAACACCGGAGACGUUUCAACUGUUGAACGACCCUAAGGUGAACAUCAUUCCCGGCAACAGCAAUGAAAAGAAUGGCAGGAGUAGCGCUUCGAUAUCCAUUCCGUUGCAAUCGAGGCUCGGCAAAUUUAUCAAAAUGGAAAUAAAACCUCAGUCAAAAUGGUUGUUGAUAAGCGAGAUUACAUUCCAGACAGUUUCAGACGUGAGAAACAGCACUGACGGAGCGUUGGCACGUUUGUCAUGGAUAUAUACGAACAGUAACGAGAACAUGUCCCAAGUAAUUAAUCAAGAUCAGACCGCGAGAAUAAAACAGAUCGAGGACAAGGAGAUUAAAGGCGAGAUCGGCAAUCUAGAAAUUCAUACCGACAACAAGAUCAGAGGCGAGGCCGAUGAUGACAGGAAGAUUAAUAUUCAACAGGGAGGUACAAUGACGGGAAAACCGAAAGCUGACUUGAACGAAACAACGUUGGUGUUGAACGAGUCGAAUCUGACGCCGGACGCGUUUCCCGUGAACAAUUCGCCAACGUAUAUCGGGCUAAUCAGCGCUGCGUUGACUAUAAUAGUCUUUUUUUCGGGCUGCACGAUCUUCCUGAUAAAGCAGAGGGGUCGCAACAAAGUGGCUCUGUUACAAAAGCAUACCGUGUUAUUAUGCGGCUCGCCGGCGCCGGGUAUCACGAUCAAUACAAAGGAUAUCAAAUUACCCACACCGAUCGUGGUGAACAAUCUGUCGCAAUCUCGGCUGUCGUUAAAAAGCAAAAUUGCCCCGAACGGCGAUUACAAAUUCGGCGACGUCGAUACGAGCGAGCAGCACAGCAUUUAUGAAAAGAUAAAUAAAAUAUCCCCGGAGCCGUAUGUCAAAUGCGAAGCGAGAUCCAAUUAUAAAACAGAACAUUUCGACACUAACACCAGCGAGAGCUUCGAUGAAGCGCGAGUAGACUGCGUAAUGCCAACGAUGUCGCGAAAACUGAGUCACUCGCAAACGGGAAAGAUUAAUCAGAGAAUAUACGAGAGUUAUUACGCGGCCACGGACAUCUUGACGAUCAAGAGACGCGAUCAGCAUCCCGUUGUGAGUCUCUUCACGCCGCUGCUCAUUCGCGAUUCGAUCGUAUCGUACAAACGCGGGACUUACGAGGUCCCGCGCAUCUCUCGGCACAGAUUGAGAAUCCUCGAUAAACUCGGCGAGGGAAACUUCGGUUUGGUUCACCUAUGCGAGGCGAAAGGCAUACAAAAUCCGGAUCUAGGUAUCCUUCAAAACCGUCAAGUAGUUAUAGUCCGGUCCUUGUGGCGCGGUGUGGUUGACGCUUUGAGGGAGGACUUUAUGAACGACAUGCACACCUUGGCCGAAAUACGGGACGUCAAUAUCGCCAGGAUAAUCGCGAUCGUCGAGGAGGAACCUUUUAGUGCCAUUUUCGAAUACGGGGAACUCGGGGAUCUGUCAAGUUUUCUAAAAAGUCGCGACCGCGACGCGCCGAUAAGUUACGAGUGCUCAUUGAAUCUGGUGACUCAAAUCGCUUCGGGUAUGAAGUACCUCGAGAGUUUAAACGUACCGCAUUGCGAUCUAGCAGCCAGGAAUUGCAUCGUUUGUAAAGAUCUGCUGAUCAAAGUAUCGGAUCAGGCCAUGUACUGCAGCAAAUAUGACGGCGAAUAUUACGUCGACGAGUGCUAUGCGAAGAUACCAUUACGUUGGAUGGCAUGGGAAGCGGUCUUAUCGGGAAAGCGAAGCUGCCAAUCCGACGUUUGGUCGUAUGGCGUAACGGUUUGGGAAGUGCUGACGCGCUGCGAGGACAUACCGUACGCCGAUCUGACCUCGGAACAGGUGUUGGAGAACUGCGGCCUAUGGUACUCGUUGGAGAACGCCGGUAAAAAGAAAUGUCCGCGGAUCCUCGAGCAGCCGGUGUUCUGCACGGACGAUCUGUACCGGCUGAUGCUGCGAUGCUGGUGCAAACUUGCGGAGGAUCGGCCCAGUUUCCAGGAGAUUUACUGCUACCUCAAGAAGCUGACUCUGGAUUAAAUGCGAAUGCAUCUCUGCCGAAAGAGCAUACGAAAGACGAUCCAUGCAGCAGCAGCAGCAGCGGCAGCAGCGGCGGCGCGGACCAAAUCGAUUACAAUCAGCUGAGAAGCAUCCUGAUUUCUUUCCUGAUCGCAGGUAGCUCCAACUAAUUGCGAAUUGUGUCGAAUCGAGGAGUCGCAAAAUGCCUAAACACAUCAACGUGGGAUGCUCUCUGGCCACUAAAAUUACUGCUCAACUAGAUUUAUCUAAUUUUGAUUAUAUAAGUAAGUGUAGGCUAACAACAUAACGAUAAAAAUUCCAUGCGGCGAAUAAUCGCAGGUUUCUCGUAUUAAUGUUCCGCGCGUAUGUCAAGGCGUAAUCCGAGAAUAAUCUCUCGACGAUUAUUGCCGUAGCAAUCAUUCGCGAGAAAUACGUGAUUUCGCGGGCAAAGAAAAGAGAUUCACAUCUAUUUACUAAUUUCUUACUUUACAUAUCUUUCCUACGCUUAUACAUAUAUAUAAUAUAUAUGUGAUACUUAUUAUCGUUUAUACUGUUAAAAAAAUGUCGUUCCAUUUCUUCUAUAUCUAUUGUCCAGGCAGCCGAUCGCGAUAGAAUGACGACGCGAACAAGCUCGCCUACGAAACUUGUCGCAAUUUUCCUCGAGUAUGUUGCAGAUUCUGCGCGAAAACUUUUAGUCGCGUUUCAUCGGCUGGGUACUUAAUUAUAUCAUCGUGGAAAUUUGUUGCACGUAGCCGAAGCAAAAUAAUAUAAGUAAAAUCGGCAUAAGCGAGCGUAAUGCACUCAAUUACGUCGAAGAAUGACAAUCAGUUUUGCUCAUCUAUAUUUAUAUGUACUUAUUUUACGAAAUAAUAUCACGAUGUACUCGUAUUGAUCGAUUCAGCUUAUCUAUCUUAGGGGGAGGGCGGGUCGUUUGAUCUUUAAUCAAAUUUCGCAGUGGCGCAAGAUUUUUAAAUAGAAAUAAUCUUCAUAUAUAUAUCCUUUCUUAUAUAUGUAUAUCUUAAGCUAAGUCAUCUCCAAUUUUAUUCGGAAAUACAUAAUGUAUAAUUCACGGGAUGUAUUUGGAACGAGGGUGCUCUCUUUGCGAUUCGAGUUAUUGCGUUAUUAAUUCUUCCGACUUAAGAAUAAGGACGUCUCAACAAUUUCUGUGCCAAAUAGUGGUAACUCAGAAAGGACGGCGGUUCCAAGAUGACUUGAACUUUGCGCGAAUAUUUCGUUCCAAUGGACAUAAACUAGGCCUCUAAAGCGUACUUCCAUUUUAAGAUACACCCCGUGCAUAUUAACGAUGUUAACUAAGAAAACGACGAAGACAGGAGCAAAAGAGCAAAACAGAAUCACAAUUACGAUUAUUGGAAACAACGACGAUAAUAACGAUUAUGGUAAACGUACAAUUUUAGAUUAUAUAUGUUUAUAACAGAUGUAACGUUUAAUUAAAUCAAAUUUGUAAUA